AUGUCUUUUCGCAUCUCGGUUCUUGUCAUGUCGCUCUCUCUCAUCUGUAUGCUCUUCUGUCUCUACUACCUCGUUCUUCCUGUGGAGAAUGAUGGAAUGGAGAUCUCCCGUGAGCAGCUCAAUCAGUCCGGUCCUCUCCUGUACCUAGAUGGUUGUAGUUCAAAGUUACAUGAUUUUCUAGUACGUGAUAGUGAAGAAAAUGCCUAUAUUGAUGAGUUUGAUAAUCAUGGGAUUUUUAAAAAAUGGAAGAAAAUAAAUUUAGAAUAUCUCGGGCCCAUAAAUAUUGACGAUGAUGCUGCAAUCCAUACUGCGUUGCGAGAAGAGAUUUCCAAUAUUGCUGAAAAAAUAAUUUACGACACUGCCGAUGUUAAUAUUAAAGGUCAGCAUGGUCAGGCACCUUUACAUUUGGCCGUGGCGCGGGGUGAAGAAUCUCUUGUGAAUUUGUUGUUAUCAAAAAACGCAAAUAUAAACGUUUUGGACGAUUGCAAGGACACUCCUACUCAUUACGCAGUACGAGGAGGACAUGCGAAUAUAGUUAAGAUACUUGUAAAUCAUGGCGCUAAUGUCAAUAUUAAAAAUAAUUUUGAUAUGACACCACUGUUCAUCGCAGUUGGUUUCUGCUAUGAAUCGAUAGUAAAUUUAUUGUUAUCAAAGAAUGCAAGUGUCAAUAUAAUGGAUGUUGAUGAUCUCUCUCCCUUGUAUUUAGCAUUAUCUAAAAAGAAUACAAACAUAGUCAAAGCUCUUCUUAAUAACGGAGCUGACCCCGAUAUUCUGGGAAACGACGGACUGACAGCAUUGAUGAAUGCUGUUUGGAAUGAUGAUGAAGCUAUGGUAAAUUUAUUGCUGUCAAAGAAUGCAAGUGUGAAUAUAGAGAACAGGAGUGGUAAUACUGCCUUGCAUUUAGCAAUAACUAAAAAGAACAUAAACAUAGCCAAAGCUCUUCUUAACAACGGGGCUAACGUCAGUAGCCAGAGGUAUGAUGGAGAGACACCUUUGAUGGCCGCCGUUUCGAAUGGUAGCAGAGCUAUGGUGAAUUUAUUGUUAUCAAAGAAUGCCAGUGUGGAUAUAAAGAAUCAGAUUGGUUAUUCUGCCUUGCAUUUAGCAAUAACUGAAAAGAACAUAAACAUAACCAAAACACUUCUCGAUUACGGUGCAGACGUCAAUGCCAAGGGAAAUAACGGAAUGACGCCUCUGAUGAUUGCUGCUUGGAAUGGUGAUGAAGGUAUGGUGAAUUUAUUGCUGUCAAAGAAUGCAAGUGUGAAUAUAAUGGAUGAUGAACGUCUCUCUCCAUUGCACUUAGCUAUAAUGAAAGAUAAUAUAAAAAUAGUCAAAGCUCUUCUUGAUAAUGGAACUGACAUCAAUAUCAAGGGAGGUAUCAGUGUGACACCUUUGAUGAUCGCUGUUCGGGAAAGCAAUGAAGCUAUAGUAAAUUUUUUGUUGUCAAAGAAUGCAAGUGUGAAUAUAAAGACCUACCGUGGCGAUACUGCCCUGCAUUUAGCAAUGUAUAAACAGAACAUAAACAUAGCUAAAACUCUUCUUAAUAAUGGAGCUGACGUCAAUGCCCAGGGAAGUCAUGAAAUUACGCCUCUGAUGGAAGCUGCUUCGAUUGGUAACGAAGCUAUGGUGUAUUUAUUGUUGUCACAGAAUGCAACUCUGGAUAUAAAGGACACGUAUGGUGAAACUGCCUUGAAUUACGCAAUACAAAAAAAUAACAUAAAGAUAGUCAAAACUCUUCUAGAUAACGGGGCUAACGUCAAUGGCCAAAGAUAUGACGGAAAAACACCUUUGAUGGACGCUGUUUCGUAUGGUGAUGAAACUAUGGUGUAUUUAUUGUUGUCAAAUAAUGCCAGUGUAGAUAUAAAGAACAGGUAUGGUGGUACUGCCUUGUAUAUAGCAGUGGAUGAUAAGAGUAUAAACAAAGCCAAACUCCUUUUCAAUGGCGGGGCUAACGCCAAUAUCCAGAUAAAAUACGGAGUGACACCUUUGAUGAAAGCUGUUUCGAACAGUGAUGAAGCUAUGAUUAAUUUACUUAUUUCAAGAAAUGCUUCUUUAGAAAUAAAGGACGAUGUUGGCAAUGGCGCAAUACACUUUGCAGUUCGUAAUGGAAAUAUUAAAGUCAUUAAAAUGCUUCUUCAUUACGGUGUAGAUGUUAACUUUAAAGGAGAAAAUGGCAAUACACCUUUACAUUUUGCAGUUCAGAAGGUGCAGUUCGAAAAAAAAUGUGUGGAAAUAUUAUCCAAAGAAGUAAAAAUUGUUCGCAAUGAAACGUUCGCCAUUGAAAAUAAAACAGUCCUUAUAAUGCAGACCCUCCUGGAACACGGAGCCAAAGUCAAUUCGCAGAAUUAUUUUGGACAAACAGUUCUCCAUUCAGCUGCUGCUUUAGGUUAUAACCGAGUUGUUGCCUACCUGCUUUCACAGAACGCUAGUUUCAGUAUCGAAGACUAUGUUUGCUUCACACCAUUCCAGUGGGCAGCAAAUAAUGGAAAUGUUGAUGUGAUAAAGACCUUGUUAGAUAACGGGGAUGAUGUCAAUCGAAAAGGUUGUAAUGGCGUCACAGCUCUGCAUCUAGCAAUAAAAAGAAAUGAAACUGAUUUUAUUAAAUUUCUUCUUUAUAAUAAUGCUGAUCCAAAUGUGAUGAGCGAAGACGGACGAACGCCUUUAGACUUAACUUUUGAUCCUUUAUCUGAAGAAAUUAUGAAGUUACUUCUGGUAAGUGGAGCAAAAGUGGAAGAUAAUAGUUUCUUAGGAUCAAAAAUUCUUUUCGAUGCCGUUUUAAAUAAAUCUAUAGGAAUAGCAAGGCUUCUGUUAGAUAACAGUAAAAAUUUCGAUUCCUAUCCGACAGUUAUUCUUAACCAGGCCAUUGGGAUGAUGUAUUCAGAAGGCAUCGACCUGCUCAUCUCUCACGGAGCAGACGUUGUGGAGAAAGACGUUCAUGGAAAUCUCCCCCUUACUUUAGCAGUUAUACUAAGAAGUACUGAGUUCGUUGAAUUAAUUUUAGAAACAGGAUCGAGGAAAAUUGAUAAGAAGAAUUUUCAAACUUUUUUGGAUGCAGAUAGUGACGUAAAGGUUCAUACAUCACUGAACGAUGUUAUACAGAUCCAUAAUGUGACAGCACUGCACGUUGCUUCCUACUACGGUCUUGUGGAUCUGGUCAAACCAUUGAUAUCAUACAAAGCUUCUUUAGACGUUAGAGAUAGAAUGGGAUAUUCACCACUCCAUUACGCAUGUGAGAAUGAUCAUGUCGAAGUUGUAAAACUGCUAUUGAGUUCUGGAUCCAACAAAAGUCCUGCCGAUAUCAACGGCACCACUCCCCUACACAUCGCCUGCAGUAAAGGUCUCCUUCCAAUUGUUAAAUUACUACUUUCCGAUCCACCAGCAGCCAUAGACCAAGCAGACAACAGUGGAUACACAGCUCUUCAUUUCUCAGCUAUGAACGGAUCUCUAGAAAUAACCGAGUUGUUAUUGAAUCUUAGUGCCAAUAAAGAAGCUAAAAUUAAAGAUUUCAAAACUCCACUGCAUUUAGCUUCACGCGAGGGCCAUGAGAAAAUAGUGGCUAUCUUAUUAAAGAACGGAGCUGAAAAAAAUUCUGCUGACAUUGAUGGUAUGACACCAUUGCAUUUCGCCGCAAGAGAAAGAUACUCUAAAGUAGUUUGGGAGAUGACAAAGUUCAAUGAUUUCGUCGAUAGUAGAAACAUAAACGGUAGCACCCCAUUACAUCUGGUAUGUGAAUGGAGCAACAAAUCCAGUGAACAAACAAUAAAGAUUAUUUGGAAUCUUUUAGGAAGUGGAGCAGAUAUCGAAGCAAGGGACAACAACCAAAUGACUCCAUUACAUAUUGCAUCGAGAGACAACUCCUCAGAAGUCGUAGAACUCCUACUGGAAAAAGGAGCAGACCGAUUAAGUAGGGAUUUUUUUCUUAAUCUACCUAUCCAUUACGCAGCAUUGUUCGGCCAUUAUGAUGUAAUACUUCAGUUAUUUGAGACAGGAUCAUUCAAGAGAAUUGAUUCAAGUCAAAGUAUAUCUUUGAACAUUAAUAAAGAAACUCCAUUGUUUUUAGCAUCGAGAGAAGGGCAUUCUAAGGUGGUAGCUUUGCUCUUGCAGGUUGGAGUCGAAAUUAUUCAGCCCGACAUCUAUGAAAGGACUGCUUUGCACCGCAGCGCUAUCAGAGGUCACUUAGAAGUUGUGAAACUCCUUUGCCAAUCCCUUUUAAACAAAGAAAAAGAAGAUAAAUGGGGAUUUACCGGAUUAAACUACGCUGCCUCUUGGAAAGGACACCAGGAGGUUAUAGGAUACCUUUCGGCUACUCAACUAAACAUCACGGAGUCGUAUUAUUUAAAGAUAUCAAAUCCUUUGCAACCUAACUUGGAUAAGCAGACUUCAAUACAGGUAAAACGGUUACCUGAUACGAAGUCGGGAAUACGUUAUUCUUUUAACGUAAACAAAGGAAAGUUUCGUUACAUUUAUUCACCUAAAGAAAUAGAGUGGUGUGAACUAAUCUAACCAGUCUAAGAGUGGUGUGAAUAAAUACAAUUUUUAUAAAAAUGUCAGUUUAAUAAAUUAGGUUAAAGGUUUUUUUAUAAUAUUAUUUUUUUAUUUUAUCCUUCGCAGUAAAGCAACAACAUCCUGUCCUUUCGUAUCCUUUAACAAUAUUCCACUGAUCGCUGUCGAACAAAUUCGUUACCUAAGACUCCUUGACAAACGCCUUACUUGGAAUUCUCAUACUAGAUUGAAAAGUCAAGAAACUGCCAACAGAUUCCAAUUACUUCAACAAUCACUCACAAACGCUCUAAACUUUCAGUAUUCUACAAAAAUCUCAUUUACACUACCAUCAUCAGGCCUAUUUGGACUUAUGGAAUCGAGCUUUGGAGCUGGACAAAAACUUCGAAUUCCUCCCGUAUACAAUCCUUACAAUCCAAAAUCCUCCGUUAAACCCUAAAAGCUCUUAAUUAUGUCACAAAUAAAAUUAUCCAUAAAGACCUCAAUAUUCCUUUUGUUGAAGACUUGGCCCGAACUAGAUAUUCCUCUUUUAAUUCCAAACUCUUUGGUCAUCCCAAUCCUCUAAAUAACUUUUCAUCCAAUACAAUUCCUGACCCCCCACCGAAGAGAAAGGGAUCUUUUCAAUUAAUUUAACCUUUGAAGUGUUACCAAUCGGUAGCUUAUUCACGAGUUUUUAUUAUUAUAUAUAUUCCUGUAACAGAUUUACCUACAAUUGGAAAUUUAAAUAAAUAAAAAAAAUUAUUUAUUUUUUGUUCAUUAUACUUUGACAUUGCCAUAAAUUAAAGUAACAUUAAAUAGAAAAAAGAAAUAUUUCUGAAACAUGGAAUGUUAAAUUAAAUUAUCGAAAAAUGCAAAGAAUUUCAAUAUUCGAACAAUUUUCGCAGAUACACUCAUUAUUUUAGAGUUUAUACAAUCGCUCUUGAUAUUAAUAGUUCAAAAUAAAGACUGUAAGAGAUAACAAAGUAAUGAAAUAUGAACAAUAAGUAACCACUAUUCAGAGGACAUAAAUACGUAACUUAAAGCAAAUGAUUGGUCAAUUGGCUUGUUAAAUGAAAAUAACAAUCCAUUGGUCACAAUGACAUCAUCUCUAAGCCACAGCCAAAGUAUUAUUAUAUGAGUGUUUGAUUUCAUUCACCACGUUUUUAGAUAUAGGAACAAACAUUUCAUAAAUGUCAAUACUUAAAAAGCCUUACGAGAAUUUCUUUCUAUUUCGUAUGUUAUUUUAUUAGAAUAUAUUUAUUUUAUUUUGAUAUUAUUUAUUUUACCUUUAUAACGUAUUAUUUCAUUUUUGCUGAACUAGUAUAUAUUCCAAGUGUCGUUUAUUUCCAUUUUCGUUUUGAUAAAUAGAUUAACAUUUUAUUUUGUUUUACUAUCAAAUAAUGAACAUAUUUUAAACAUAUACAUAGCCAUAUCAUAAUUUGUAUAUUGAAUGAAUUUGUAUAUUAUAUAUUUCUGACUGUGUAUGGAUUUAAUUUUUAAAAUUUCUUUCAUCGUUUUCUUAAAUAGACCUUUUGGAAAGAAAUAAUCUAAGAAAAUAAUAUUUAUUUUAUGUACAGCUUUGUUAAUAUAAAGAAAAUAAAUGUUUUUCCAAAUUAUUCUGUGUUACUAAUAAUAAACUUGUUAAUAUUAGUUGCAUUGUAAAAUAUAACCUAAUAAUAACUUUCCUAUAUAACAUGUUUUUAAUAUUAAUUAUAGAAUUACUAUGCAUUGAUUGUAUGUAUUCAGUUUAAAAUAAAUAGUGG